CCGGUUACUCCGGAAGUGAAGACUUCUAAGCUCCUCCGCCGGCCGAGGGCCAGGUUGAAGGGAUGGCCGGGCGGACGGCGCGGCUGGUGCUGCUAGCUGGAGCAGCCGCGCUGGCAAGCGGCUCCCAGGGCGACCGCGAGCCGGUGUACCGCGACUGCGUGCACCGGUGCGAAGAGCGGAACUGCUCGGGGGGCGCACUGAGGCACUUCCGUUCCCGCCAGCCAAUCUACAUGAGUUUAGCAGGCUGGACCUGUCAGGAUGACUGUAAGUAUGAGUGUAUGUGGGUCACUGUUGGCCUCUACCUCAAGGAAGGUCACAAAGUGCCUCAGUUCCAUGGCAAGUGGCCCUUCUCCCGGUUCCUGUUCUUCCAAGAGCCAGCUUCUGCCAUGGCCUCUUUCCUCAACGGUUUGGCCAGCCUGGUGAUGCUGUGCCGCUACUACACCUCCGUGCCAGCCUCCUCCCCCAUGUAUCCCACCUGCGUGGCCUUCGCCUGGGUUUCCCUCAAUGCUUGGUUCUGGUCCACAGUCUUCCACACCAAGGACACCGACCUCACAGAGAAAAUGGAUUACUUCUGUGCCUCCACCGUCAUCCUACACUCCGUCUAUCUGUGCUGUGUCAGGACCGUGGGGCUGCAGCACCCAGCCGUGGUCAGCGCCUUCCGGGCCCUCCUGCUGCUGAUGCUGACGGCGCAUGUCUCCUACCUGAGCCUCGUCCGUUUCGACUAUGGCUACAACCUGGCGGCCAAUGUGGCUAUUGGCCUGGUGAACGUGGUGUGGUGGCUGGCCUGGUGCCUGCGGAACCAGCAUCGGCUGCCUCACGUCCGCAAGUGCAUGGUGGUGGUCCUGCUGCUACAGGGCCUGUCCCUGCUCGAGCUGCUCGACUUCCCGCCUUUCUUCUGGGUCCUGGAUGCCCACGCCAUCUGGCACAUCAGUACCAUCCCUGUCCAUGUCCUCUUCUUCAGGUGGGUGCUACUCGCCGCCCAGUGGGCCCCUUGUUUGUGUCCAUCCUCACUGGCUUCUUGGAGGAGACUAAGGCCUCUGUGCACGGUUCACCCCCUGCUGGCUUGCCCAUGCUCUCCCCCACGGGGUGCUUUCAAAGCCAGACCUCAGCGGGCUCCUCCCUCUGCCCACAGCUUUCUGAAAGAUGACAGCCUGUAUCUGCUGAAGGAAUCAGAGACCAAGUUCAAGCUGGACUGAAGGCCCUGGGAGUGGGUUCGCCCUGCUGGGGAUCCUGCCCUCUCCCUGCUGGCUCCCCUUCUCCCCAGAAUCCUUGAGACGAUUUUUGUCUUUUAGCAUCUUGAAUUUGGACAUGAAGGGUAUGGGCCCAGAAUCAUGUAACUGCCCAUCACCUCACUUGCCCCGACAUGGCCCUCACAGAUCUCAGGUUCUGUUCAGGCUUGGCCUGUCAGCAUCUGGGGUUGGAGCAUGGGCAGCACCUCUGGUUCCUGGAGAACUGGAAUGGAACUGUGUUCUUAGCUCCGCUGAGAGGGGAGCUGCCUCUGCUUCCCCGUCAACCUCUUCCUCACAUCCCUCAACGCCUGGGUGCUUCCCACACCUGUCUGUCUAGCUGGGAGACAGGCCUUUGGGAACACAGCGGGGGUCCCCCCCUCUCUUACCCCUGCCCUCCUUCAGGGCACCACUAGGUGGCAAUAGACUCUUGCUCUUUGGCUGCCCAAGUUUCCUGGCAGGUCUCCUCCCCAUGGGAUCUUGAGGGACCAAGCUGCUGAGAUUGGCAAGUGGUCUCGUCCCGACUGUUGCCUCAGCCAGACCCCCAGAAGAACUCACUGCAUUCCGCCUUUGGGGCCAGAACCCCAGAGAGCCCAGGACAGGAGUCCCUGUGGCUCCUUGGCUGGUCUCCUGGUCAGAAGCCUGCACAUGAAUGUGUAAGGGAGUGUGAGCUAGACUGAGCGCAUGCAUAGGUGACAGGGUGGCGGGCACAGACCUGAGUGUGUGGGAUGGUGGGUGGGACAGUGGGUGUGAGCACGUGUGGAGAGUGGGGAGGGCUGUGAGUGGUUUGAAAGUGUGUGUUGCAGGACAGGUGGGUGAGUGUGGGGCAGGGCAGUUUGCAGAGACUGGGGGUGAGGUGAGUGUGAGUGCCGUGGGUGUGCCACGUGGCGGCGUGGGGGGGGUUUGGAGGAAAACAGGUGCUCUGGUCACCUGUCUACUGCAUGCAGCUCCGCACAGAGCCCCAGGCCAGGCCGAGAGCCCGGACGUCCUCAGGGGCUGGCUCGGUGGGGUUCGGCUGUCCAGACUGCAUGUGGGUCUUCCUGUCUGUUGCCCCCACUUUACAGUCGCCCUCCAGAUCUCAGAGGACCCACACACAACUCAAAUCACCCUCCAGAACCAGCCUCUCGGGAGGCCGAGGGAGGAAGGGCCUCUCCGGCCUUCCUGUCCGUCUCCUCUCCUAGGCUUGGUUGGCCUCCCCCUCUCCCCAUGCCCUCCCUGCUAAGCCUCUCUGUCACAGACUGGACCUUGGGGGGCAAUCUGAGGGAGAAGCGGCGAAGGCCUGUGGCUGGGUCUGGUUUCUGGCCUUUCCAGAGGCAGGCAGGGGCCAUGCUGUAUCUGUACCCCAGUAAAGGUGACCCCUGCUAGCUGCCGGCAGCCUGAGUACAUUCUUGCUCCGCAAGGAUAGCAUGUGGUGCUCCAGAAACUUUCCAUCCAAAGGCAGUCUCUGUGAUUGGAGCAGGGAAUCUGGAUUCUUGUUCUUUCCCAACCCCCUUGUCCCUCCCUGGGGUGUAGAGGUGCUGUGCUAGGACUCCAGCCGCAGACUUGGGUGGCCUGUGUUUCUUUUGAUAUUGAGAACUAUUUUAAGAUAGGAGGGUAGCAAGGGACAUUCUUAAUAAACCAAUUCUCAGCCUCA